AUGGGAGGCAUGAGGACUGUGUUGGGUGAAGCAAUACCGUCCACAGUGAUGUUCAUAAUGGAGUUUUGCACUAUUAGCUUAACCAUCAUGGCGAAGACAAUUAUCUCAAGAGGGAUGAGCCCUUUUGUUUUUGUUGUUUAUACUAAUGCUCUUGGCUCAAUCUUGCUCCUUCUAUAUUCGUGCCUAUGUUAUAGGAACCAAUCAGAGCAGCCGUUGCUUACCUUGCAACUCCUCCCACGUGUUUUCCUCCUUGGCCUAAUCGGGAUAACUGUAGCUCAAAACCUUGCAUUUCUUGGACUAAGCUACGGUUCUCCCAUUGUUGCAUGUGGCAUGGGCAACUUGAUCCCAGCUUUCUCCUUCAUCCUCGCUAUAAUAAUCAGAAGAAAGGAAAAUGAUUGGAAAAGCUUGAGCAAUCAAGUGAAAGAUGGCACCGUGAUUUCAUUUGUGGGAGCAACAUCGGUCGCUCUCUACAGGGGCCCUGUGGUCAAGCAGUCUCCGCUGCCCUCAUUUUCACUGCAGCUAAUUCCACCGCCACUUUUAAUCUUUUCCUCACCGCAGGAUGAGAAUUGGAUUCUCGGUUGCGUUUUAUUAGCAGCUGCUUCAUUAGCAAUUUCAGUUUGGAAUAUUAUUCAGGUGGGAACUGUCGAAAAAUACCCACAUGUCAUGAAAAUAGUUUCUUUUUAUAGCUUAGUCGGGACCCUCCUGUCUGCCAUACUUUCGGUAAUCAUAGAAAGAGAUGUCGAUGCUUGGAAAUUAAAGCUUGACAUGGAGCUUCUCGUUAUUAUUCUAACAGGUAUUUUUGGGAGUGUAAUCCGUAGCAGCGUCCACCUCUGGUGUAUGCAGAAAAAAGGCCCUCUUUUUGCUUCUAUAUUCAAGCCAGUGGGAAUUCCCAUUGCAAGCAUGUUUGGCUGUUUCCUAUUUGCAGAUACAUUUCACUAA